ACCAUUCCAUUACCCAGAACUUACACUGUUUGCAGCUGGGAUUGCGCAAAGCGCUUCAACCUUGGUGGGCAUCCUUUACAUCCGUUAACUCUCUUCACUUCUGGCCACCCACAUGCAGCACCUCGCAGCCAAGAAAGCCGCUAUGCGGAGCAUGUUUGGAAGCCGUGGGCCCGCGCGUGCUGUCCACGCAAAGGCGGGCAGCGAUGGCCAGGCGUCGACGAGCGGCAGGACGGCGCUGCCCCGGCGUGUGAUCCUGGGCGCGGGCCUAGCCACCGCACUGGUGGCGGUGCCGCUGCUGGCCACGGCGCCCGACAGCCGUGCAGCGGCGGCGGCGGCUGGCGGCAUUGACCUGGAGAAGCGGCUGGGCGAGGUACGCUACAGCGAGGCGGAGUGGCGGGAGCGGCUGGGCCCGGCCGCCUACGACGUGCUGCGGCGGGAGGCCACUGAGCGGCGCUGGACCAGCCCCUACAACUUUGAGAAGCGCGAGGGCGUGUUCAAGUGCGCCGGCUGCGACUCACCGCUGUUCAACGCCUCAGCCAAGUUCGAGUCGGGCACAGGCUGGCCGUCCUUCUUCCAGCCGCUGCCGGGCGCGGUCACGGAGGUGUCGGACUACAGCAUCAUCUUCAUGCCGCGCACCGAGGUCCGCUGCCGCAAGUGCCAGGGCCAUCUGGGCCACGUGUUUGACGACGGCCCGGCGCCCACCGGCCUGCGCUACUGCAUGAACGGACUGGCGCUCAGCUUCGAGCCGGCGCCGGGGGCGUGAGCGAGGAAAUAAACGAGGAGCGAGGGGCGAGGAGUGGGGGGCAAACACAAAGAAUGCAGGUGGUGGAGGCGAUGGUGGAGGAUAGUGGUGGGGGGCGGGCGGGGCAAAGCAGGGCCAUGUACAGGGCGCGAUGCGUGGGCGGUGCCGAUUUUGAGUCUCGGACGUGGCAGGUGCCACUUGUGAUGUCGGAAUGCAGGUAGGUGUGUGUGUGUGGGCAGGAAAUCGCCGCCUGCGAGCUUAGGACUGUUGUGUGUAUGGAGACCUUGGGAAAGGCGUACGUAUAUGAGCUCGAGAGCUCAGGUACACAAUGUGCGAUUGCAGUGUGCACAUCAGGGCAAGUAGUGCGCUCCCCUAGGCGGUGGCGUCGCACGAAUUGUAAAGCACCUGGCCC